ACCGACAACAAGCGGACAUUCUGGAUGUGUGGAAUGCAAGAUAACAAAGCGAAAAAUCAUUGAGACUUUUCGUUCUCUUGUGAAGAAUGCAAAACUACAUGGUUGAUGUUUGACUCUGGAAUUUCUUUCAUUUAAGGGGAUAUAUAUUCGGAUUGUAGAAUCUGGCUGAAAAACUACUACGGUAGAACAAUGAAAGGGCCUGCGCUGUUGUGUUUUGCUCUCCUUUCCUUUGGCUCGGUAACUGGACAAGUCAGCUACACAAUACCAGAAGAAAUGACCAAAGGAUCGUUAGUCGGUAAUAUAGCACAGGAUCUGGGUUUACAAAUCAAACGUCUGACUUCAGGUAAGGCUCGAAUUUAUACCCGAGACAGCGACCAGUACAUCGAGCUGAACAGAGAAAAAGGAGUCCUCCUCGUUAAAGAGACGAUCGACAGAGAAGCGCUAUGCAGACAGACGACGCCGUGUGCUUUACAUUUUCAGAUCAUUUUGGAGAAUCCAAUGGAAUUUUACAGUGUUACAGUCCAGAUCACAGAUAUCAAUGAUAAUGCACCUAACUUUGACGAAGCCGAUAUUGAAUUUAAAAUUAGUGAGUCAGCGGUAAUUGGGGCAAAAUUUGUUCUAGAAAGGGCUGUGGAUCAUGAUGUUGGCGUGAACGAUCUUCAAAGAUACGAACUGAAACCAACCGACAAUUUUGUUCUUAAAAUGCAUAAUAAUGCUGACGGAAACAAAAACGUUGAGAUGGUACUACAGAAUCCUUUAGACAGAGAGAAACAAGAACAGAUAUCUCUCAUCCUAACCGCUGUAGAUGGAGGAGAGCCUCAGAGGUCAGGAACAAUGCAGAUUCUCAUUACAGUUUUAGACGCUAAUGAUAAUGCUCCAGUUUUUACACAGCAAACAUACAAAGCUACAGUCACUGAGAAUUCACCUGCAGGAACUGUUGUUGCUACUGUUACAGCCUCAGAUGCAGAUCAAGGCUCGAACAGUAAAAUAACAUAUUCUAUCACAAACAAAUUAGUUGCCGUCAGGAACGUCUUUACAAUAAACAAGGAGACCGGUGAAGUGACUUUAACUGGAAAUAUUGACUUUGAGGAGUCACAAAAAUUUCAAAUAAAUCUACGUGCUAGUGAUGAGGGAGGACUAACAGACUCUUGUAAGUUGGUUGUUGAUGUUCAGGAUGUAAAUGACAACAAACCAGAAAUUAACAUAAUGUCAAAGUCAACUGUGAUAUCAGAAGAUGCUAACCUCAGUACGGUUGUAACAAUGAUAAACAUUGAAGACAAAGACACCGGUGAAAGCGGAAAAGUUCAUUGCUCAGUUAGCGACAGUGUACCUUUCAUUUUAAAAUCAUCAACAAGUAAUUUCUAUAGCUUGGUAACAGACAGUGAUUUAGACAGAGAAAGAGCCUCUGAAUAUAAUAUCACCAUGACCUGCUCUGAUGAGGGAGUGCCCUCCCUCUCCAGUAGCGUCACUCUCACCUUACAGAUCUCAGAUGUGAAUGACAACGCGCCUGUAUUUGAGAGGACCUCAUAUGAGGCCUACAUUAUAGAAAACAAUACACCAGACAUCUCUGUUUUCACAGUGAAAGCCAGAGACGCUGACUGGAACCAGAAUGCCCGAGUUUCUUACAUACUGGAGGACUCCUCCAUUAACGGAGUGCCAGUGUCCUCAUAUGUGUCCGUUAGUGCUGAUAGUGGAGUCAUCCAUGCAGUGCGCUCUUUUGAUUAUGAGCAGAUCAAAGAUUUCCAGUUCCGCGUCAAAGCGCAGGACGGAGGCUCUCCUCCACUCAGCAGCAACGUGACCGUGAAAAUAAUGGUCCAAGACGAGAAUGACAACCCACCUCAGGUUCUGUACCCAGUCCAGACUAGUGGCUCUCUGGUAGCUGAAAUGGUGCCUCGUUCAGCAGAUGUGGGGUAUCUGGUGACGAAAGUGGUAGCUGUUGAUGUGGACUCUGGACAGAAUGCCUGGCUCUACUAUAAACUGCAGAAAGCCACAGACAGGGCGCUGUUUGAAGUGGGCUUACAGAAUGGAGAAAUAAGAACAAUCCGCCAAAUCACCGAUAAAGAUGCUGUCAAACAAAGACUGACUGUUAUAGUGGAGGACAACGGGCAGCCCUCUCGUUCGGCUACAGUCAUUGUAAACGUGGCGGUGGCGGACAGCUUCCCUGAAGUGCUGUCGGAGUUCACUGACUUCACGCAUGACAAGGAGUACAAUGACAACCUGACGUUUUACUUAGUCUUGGCUCUGGCUGUAGUUUCCUUCCUCUUCAUCACCUGUUUAGUGGUUAUUAUAUCAGUGAAAGUCUACAGGUGGAGACAGUCUCGCAUCCUGUAUCACUCCAGCCUGCCUGUCAUUCCAUAUUAUCCACCACGUUACUCAGACACUUUGGGGACAGGGACUCUGCCCCAUGUGUACAAUUACGAGGUGUGUAGGACGACUGACUCCAGAAAGAGUGACUGUAAGUUCGGCAGAGCUGGUAGUCAGAACGUGCUGAUAAUGGACCCCAGUUCUACAGGGACGAUGCAGCGGAUACAGAGUGAAAAGAGCAUCCUGGAUGAACCAGACUCUCCUCUAGAGGUUAGACUGCCCUAACAUUGUUUCUGCAUUCUAAUGCUAAUAUCAGAUUGUAUUCAGGA